ACAGCCACAGCAUCCCAGCUCAAACCAGCCGAGUGUGGCAUUGUACGACUAGAUAACCGCCGCCUCGUCUCCGUCGCAGGACCCGAUGCAGCCAAGUUCUUGCAAGGUCUUAUAACCAAUAAUGUCAAUCCGGCGAGCUCGACACCCUUUUACUCUGCGUUCCUCGAUGCAAGAGGCAGGAUGUUGUGGGACGUGUUCAUCUACCCGACGACUGCAGAGAAUAAUGCCGAAUGGGGAUGCUUGAUCGAAGUCGACGCUGGGGAGGCACAGGCGUUGAUGCGAACCUUGAAGAAGUACAAAGUCCGAUCGAAGGUUACAAUUCGACUGUUGGAGGAGGAUUCCGCGGAUGCGAUGACAGUAUGGGCGGGCUGGGGAAAUGCGCAAGAUCUCACGGAAGAACUCACUCGGAUCGGUGAUUCCAUUGCAUAUAUUGCUCGCGAUCUGCGAGCCGGGAACAUGCCUGGGCAGGACUAUUUCGGAGUGAGGUUCCUCAUGUGUGGGAACGCACCGCCCGAGAUCGAUGGCGUGCCGCUCCUAAACAUGGACCAAUAUCGACUAAGACGAUAUAUGUUGGGCAUUGCAGAGGGACCGGCGGAGAUUCAGCGAGAGAGUGCCUUGCCCAUGGAAUGCAAUGUCGACCUUGCUGGUGGCAUCGAUUUCCGCAAGGGCUGCUACCUUGGCCAAGAGUUGACCAUACGCACAAAGCACCAAGGUGUGGUCAGAAAGCGCAUACUACCCGUUCAAUUGGCUGAUCAGCGCUUCCAGGUUACCGAACCUUUAGAUAUCAAGCAACUAGACGAAACUGGGAGCAUCAAGAAGGGGAGAUCGGCGGGCAAGCUCUUGGCGAGCAUAGGGAAUGUAGGACUUGCGCUAUGUCGACUGGAAAUGAUGACGCCCAUGCGGGUCUCAGCGGAAGGUGGCUCGUACAAGCCAGGCGUGGAGUUCGCAGUUCAGACGCCGCCUCAAGAAGAGGGAUCGCCGGCGAAAGAUGACAGUGCAUUGCCGAUGAGGGUUAAGGCUUUCCUGCCUGAGUGGCUUUUAUCAAAGGAGAGCGCGAUAUGG